UGGAAAAUUUUUUUCUCUAAAUGGUUGAUUGAUUGUCUUGAUAUAAAACGAGGAGAUCUUUUUCGUUAUUGAUUGAUACUGAGUGAUCAUAUUCGUUUAGAUUGUUUUCACUUUCACUAGUUUUUAUGGAGACGGAACGAAUUCUUUCUAGACCUCGUACAAGGAGAAAGGUGUUGUUGAUGGGUAGAAGUGGUGCUGGGAAGACUUCAAUGAGGUCUAUUAUUUUUGCCAACUAUAUUCCUAGAGAAACUAGGAGACUGGGUGCCACUAUUGAUGUUGAACACUCUCAGAUUCGUUUCUUAGGAGAUUUGAUGUUAAGUUUGUGGGACUGUGGAGGUCAAGAUGUAUUUUUGGAUAGCUAUUUGGAUGCGCAGAGAGAUAACAUAUUUAGUGAAGUUCAAGUACUGAUUUAUGUAUUUGAUAUUAUGAGUACCGACGUUGAACGUGAUGUGUAUUAUUUCAACAAAGUCAUUAGGUGUCUUCACGACGCAAGUGCUGAUGCCAAUGUAUAUUGUUUGUUUCACAAAGUUGAUCUAGUUCCAGAGCAUCAAAGGCAAGCAGUAUUUGAAGAAAGACAACGUCGAGUAAAGGAAUCUGUGGAUACCAUUUCACUCAAGUGUUUUGCUACUUCUAUUUGGGACGAGACGCUGUAUAAAGCUUGGAGUUUUAUGAUUUGUGGUCUUAUUCCUCAAUUGUCCAAGUUGGAUGAUGCUUUGCUAAAAUUUUGUGAAAUUUCUGAAGGAGACGAAGUUGUUUUAUUUGAGAGAGCAACCUUUCUUGUCAUAUCUCAUGCUACGUUGCAUUCUCAUUCCGAUGUUCAUCGAUUUGAGAAGAUUAGCAACAUAGUGAAGCGUUUCAAGUUAAGUUGUAAUAAGAACCAAUCUCAUUUUCAUAGUUUAGAACUACGAAACUCCCAAUUUUUGGCCAUUAUUGAAAAUUUUACUUCUUAUACGUGUGUACUUUAUGUAUCCUAUCGCUCAGAUAUCCAAGCAACAGCAGUUAAACUCAAUAUUCAAUGUGCAAAGACUUUGUUUGAACAAAUAUUGGUAAGUUGAUCAACUGAAGUAUAGAGAAUAACCAAAAUUGCGUAAAUUUUUAUUAGGGAAGUGAUAUGGAGAGCCAAGUAUGAGUUGAAAAUAAAGAUCGGAAUCGGUUUAGUUUUGAUGG